UUUAGAACUAUCCAUAUUUUUCAGGUUGUAUUCAUUUCUGCUAGGGUUCAUCCAGGCGAAACACCCUCAUCUUUUGUUUUUAAUGGUUUGUUGAGUUUGUUAUUAACCAGAGAUGAUUUGGUAGCACAGAACUUACGUAAAUUAUAUGUAUUCAAAAUGAUUCCUUUUCUAAAUCCUGAUGGCGUUGCUAAAGGCCACUACAGAACCGAUAGUAGAGGUGUGAAUCUCAAUAGAGUUUACCUGAACCCUAGCUUGACAGAGCACCCGUCAAUUUAUGCUGCUAGAGCUUUAAUAAGAUUUUAUCACUAUGGUUUUGAAAAAGAAGACAUUGUUCCCAAAUGCAACAGUUGCAAAGCAGAAAGAACUAAAAUGGAUGGCAAGUUCACUGAAGCUGAUGAUGUUAGGCAGAAUGAAACCAUUAGUAACAAAAUAUCUCAAAUCACGUUAGAAACAGGAGAUAGCCCAUCUACAUCUUGGUGUACUAAAUGUAAGAGUAAUAUCCUUAAAUUGGAAGAUACCAUGCCGGGCAUUUCUACCAUCAUACCAACAUUCAACUUGAACUCAACUGUAGGGCACAAUUUUUGUAGAAACUGUGGGGCAAAAUUGAAAUAUACGGAGAGUAAAGAAGAAGUUAAAUUUGAAAAAAUCGUCGGUGAUCAUGGUGACGUGAAUUCAAAUGAUUCUGGCCUCUUCAUGUACAUGGAUCUUCAUGGGCACGCAUCCAAAAAGGGAAUAUUUUUGUAUGGUAAUCAUUUUGAGGAUAUAGAGAGGAAUGUUGAGUGUAUGUUAUUACCAAAACUCAUGAGUAUCAAUAAUCAUAACUUUCAUUUCAACGCUUGCAAUUUUACUGAAAGGAAUAUGUAUCUGAGGUAUAAGCGAGAUGGUAUGAGUCGUGCUGGUUCAGGAAGAGUAGCUGUUUUAUCUCUAACAGGUAUAAUCAAAAGUUAUACUCUUGAAUGUAAUUAUAAUUCUGGAAGACUGGUCAAUGUUCUACCUCCAACAAUAAGAGAACCUCAUGGAAAAAUGCAUACUAUACAUGUACCACCUAAGUACACCCCACAAAUAUUUGAAGAAGCUGGAAAAUCCCUAGGGGCCUCUUUAUUAGACUUAACUGGACACAAUCCAUGCUCCAGACUUCCAAACUCCGAAUUCCAUACUCUCUCGGGUCUAAAAGAUUGGCUGAGAACAAUGUCAACAGAAUUCAGUAGUGAAAAUCGUCCAAAAAUGCGAGCGAGGUCUGCAUCUUGUCUCUUUUCACAGGGAAAAUCGACACGUAUCGCCAAGAACCGCCCUGCAGUCACCAAAUCGAUCCUAAAGAAACCAAAAGUUAGAAGUGGUGUUAAACCACUGGACCGCAAAGAAAAUCUCACUCAGCCUAGCUGUUCAAAAUCUGGAACGCGACUCAACAAAUGCUUCAAAGCCAAAUCACGCAAAGAUCUUACUUUAAAGAUCAAAAAUAGUUCAUCUGAUAAAGCAAAGUCAUUUAUCAAGAUCAAGAAAAGUGCCAGCCCAGUAAUUCCAGAAAAGGUUACCACUAAGUUACAAAUUGCCAAAGAGAAGAAACCUAUAGAGUCAGACGCAGUGCGUUUAAGGGAAAUAUGCUUUGUGAAAAAUAAUGAAGGAAAGCGGGUAAUCGCAAAAUAUGAAAACAAAGAUUAUGAUGAUAGUUUGGUAGUGUCCUGGAAUAACAUGUCCAGUCAACCUCACAUAUUCACCCACAAAACCAGAGUUUCUUCUGCUCCUGCAUUUAGUUCUAAUAAAGCUUUAUCUGAACCCAGUACUAGCAAACAGGUAAGUGUACGAGCACAUAAUUUUGCUAAAAGCAGUUCAUCCAAGAUGAAAUUGAAGAAAAACUUGAGAAGGUUAGCAAGUACAACUGACGUAUUGGGAAAAAUUGAAAAAAAGAAGAAGAAAAAAAUUAGGUCAAAGUAGGCUCUGGAACCCUAAUGAGCUGCUUAACAGGAAGGUUUGUGUUAAAAAUCUUUAGUUCUGCUAAUUGAAUUCGUGUUUGGAAAUAAAAUAACUAUACUUACAAAUUGUAUAAUCAGGUUUGUUUU